ACACGUCACGUGGUCAUCCUACCGAUGAAGUAAACAAAAACCUCCCACAAAACAUUGUAAGUCAUUGAAAAUCAUAAAAGUGUCAUAUAGAAUUCAAUUUAAAGUGUUUAUUACUGUAAUUGAUCAGUUGAGAGAUUAAAAGUUGAUUAAACAAGUUGUCAUUUCUUAAGAUUGAAACUUGUUUGACCAGAUAUGGGACUUUUGACCGAAGGAAGUCCACUCUCUUGGGAAGAAACGAAAAAACUCGCAAAUCAUGUCAGAGAGCAUGGAAUUCAGCAAUUUAUUAAUCUUUAUGAGAGAUUAAAGGAUCGUCAAGGUGACAUUCUCAAAUGGGGUGAUGAAGUUGAAUAUGUGCUUGUUAGGUUCGAUGACGACAAACAAGUUGCACAAGUGUCAUUACGUGCACUGGACAUUCUGUCAAAACUACAGGAAAAAGAACAACAAGAUCCAGAUGGUGUUAAAUCUCUCUGGCGUCCGGAAUAUGCUGCUUACAUGGUUGAAGGAACACCAGGAAAGCCUUAUGGAGGACUCUUAGCGCAUUUCAAUGUCGUCGAAUCAUCAAUGAAAUAUAGACGUGAAGAAGUCGCAAAACUUUUAAAUUCUAACGAAGCUGUCAUGUCACUAACAAAUUUUCCACGUCUUGGAAGUCCAAAAUUUUCCUAUCCAUCACACGAUGUCCGUCCUGACGAUCCCGAAUGUGCUGCUCAAUCGCUUUACUUCCCUGACGAAGCAAUUUUCUCAGGACAUCCACGAUUCAAAACUUUGACGAGAAAUAUUCGACAACGAAGAGGUGAAAAAGUUUCCAUCAAUCUUCCCGUGUUUAUGGAUGAAAAAACUAAAAUUCCUGUGGAGGGAUCACUUCCUGGUAUGGAGAAUUACGUUCAUAUGGAUGCGAUGGGAUUCGGGAUGGGUUGUUGUUGUCUUCAACUCACAUUUCAAGCAUGUAACAUUAACGAAGCUCGUUAUCUCUACGAUCAACUGACACCACUUUGUCCAAUUAUGUUGGCGUUGACAGCAGCAUCGCCAGUUUAUCGUGGAUAUCUAACUGACAUUGAUUGUCGUUGGAAUGUGAUCUCGGCUUCAGUUGAUUGUCGAACACAAGAAGAAAGAGGAUUGAAGCCGUUGAAGGAGAAUAAAUUUAGAAUUCAUAAGUCACGUUAUGAUUCAAUCGACAGUUACUUAUCACCAGAAGGUGCAAAAUAUAACGACGUUCCAUUAACAUAUGAUCAGGAUGAUUAUCAGAAGCUUCGUGAUGGUGGGAUUGAUCACUUGCUUGCUCAACACAUUGCACAUUUGUUUAUCAGAGACACGGUUUCCCUCUUUAGCGAGAAGAUUCAUCAGAAUGAUGAAGAAGAAACUGAUCAUUUUGAAAACAUUCAAUCAACGAAUUGGCAAACGAUGCGAUUCAAACCGCCACCACCAAAUUCGCCAAUUGGUUGGCGUGUUGAAUUUCGACCAUGUGAAGCACAAUUGACAGAUUUUGAGAAUGCUGCGAUUGUUGUUUUCGUGGUUUUACUCACGAGAGUUAUUUUGUCAUUCAAGCUAAAUUUCUUGCUUCCAAUUAGCAAAGUUGACGAGAAUAUGCAAAAAGCACAAAACCGCAAUGCAUGUCUUAAUGAAAAGUUUUGGUUUCGUCGAAACUUUAGUGAGAAGAAGAACGAUGAAUCUUGUGAACCGUGCGAUACCGAAUCAGGCUGCGAAGGAUGUGAACUUUGGACGGUAAAUGAAAUCAUCAAUGGUAAGGACAGUUUCCCUGGUCUUAUUGGUCUCAUUAAUCAAUACUUGGCGAGUAUGGAAGUUGACACAGACACUCAUUGUUCGAUUCAACAAUAUUUGAAGUUGAUUCAGCGAAGAGCCUCGGGAAGUUUACUGACAACUGCUUCUUGGAUAAGGAAAGAAGUUUUGAGUCAUCCUGACUAUCAGAACGACUCAAUUGUCACUGAAAAAAUUAAUUACGAUCUUCUAAAGAAAGCGAAGAAGAUUCAAGAAGGUUUAUUACCAUGCAAUGAACUUAUUGGUUGUUUUAUGAAUUCAAAAACAGCUGAAGAAAUUCCACCAGCGAUUGCAAAGCAACAUCAGACGCCAGUAACAUCAAAUCAUCUUACAAAUGGCAAUUAAGGAAACGACGAAACGAUACGUAAUUAGAUUUAAGCAAAUUAACUUCGUGUGAUAACAUGAAAAUUAUUUUUUAGACACAUUGAGGGAAUAGAGGGAAAGUUUAGUUGAGUGCAAAUUUCACUCUUCGUCUACUUAUGUGUAGAAAUUUUAUUAUUUUAUCCAUUCAAAGUGCACUUAGAGAUACCUUUUAAUUAAGUUUUUGAUAAUAAUUAAGUUGCAGAGCAUUUAGAAAAGGCAACGAAUGAAGAACAAAAUGUUAAUUAACAAAGUGCGGGUCGUUAAUCAAAUUGAUUGCAUAUUUAGUUCCUUGGUAAAGUUUUCUUUUCAUCUUUUUUUUUAUUAUUGCUACUUUCUUUUCAAUUUCAUUUGUUACUUAUCAUUGUUAAUAAAUAAAUAGUACAAAGCCGUGAAAAAUAUUUCGAUUCAUCUUCGUGUUUAAAAAAUUUGUAAAACGAAAAUGUUAAGAGAGAGCAGAUGGAGGGAUUGUGUCGGUUACUUUUCUUUUGUUCCGGAACAUAAACCAAAACCCUUAAAUAGAGUCACAAAAACAUGCCUAUACACAAUCUUUUUUUACAACUUUACACAAUAUCGUAGAUUAGAAUCAGAUCAGAAGUAUUAUUAAAGCUUAUUGACUUUAGAUAAGAUUACAGUUCAUAUUAACCUAAUUAUUGAUUGAGCAAGAAAGCAUAUUGAAUGGAAACAACAAAAAUUACGUUUCAUCGUGACAUUUGAAACCAAAUUUUGUUGUAAAAGUGAAAUCAGAUGAAUCGCUGAUAAAUAUUUUUAAUAAAUUCUUUGAAGUUAGCAAAUAAAUUUUACGAAAGUAUGGCGAUUAGAAAAGGCAAUUGAAUCUUUCUUUUAUCUUCCUCGUUUUGAUUUCUCUCUCAGUUUUAUUAAACAUUUUUUUCUUUCAGCUUUAAGCAUCGAAUUUUAAAAAUUCUUAUAAAUAUUUUUUAUUUUUUUUUGACACACACUAAAAUUUAGUUUGACAUUAGGAGAAAGUUGUGAAAAUAAAAUUAAGACAGCAAAUAUUUAGUUCAAUUAUUUCCUUGUUAGAGCAAUGAAACUGCAAUGAAAGCUUCUGUACUGAAGCUCUCGUUGAUGCGUACGAAAACAAAAGCUUUCCUUGCAGUUCUGUCGCUUAUAAAGAAAUGAUUUGAAGUACGAUUUGGCUGUCGAAAUUUCAUUCCCGCAAUUUUCUCUUUACGUCGUUUGGUUUUCAUUCUUCUUCAUUUUAAUUAAAGUUUAAGUACAGUGCAUGCUUCCUAUAAACAAUCCAAAGGGAGCCACAAUUUAUGCAGUUAUUGAGCUUGCUUAUAUGAAGCUUGCACUGUAUUUCAUUUUUAUAUCAAAUAGUUUUCAUUCGAAUUAGACAACGA